AUGAACACAUCUGCAAAAACCGUCACGGUAGCUCUCCCCACUCCUUCUACCGCAACAUCCACGACUCCUCUUGCAGCGGCUCCUACUAUCCGUGCACCACCCAUUACUGCAACCGUUCGUCCAACUCCUCCUAUAUCCAUUCCCUGUCCUCCUGCUUCUCUUCACGCCGCUGGCUUCAAGAAAAAAACCUCCCCAUUCCCUGACGACAACUCCCUCUGGACAAUACCCCCAGUUCCCCCAAAUGGCGGUGGCCAAGAUCCACCUCUUCCUACCUCGCCCACUGCAGAGGAAAGUAGUGUUGGAUCCCCUAUUCCUCCUCCCUCUCCUCCUCCUCCACCUCCUGCAAUCGGAGGUGGCCCUUGGUCGCCUUCUCUUUUCCGCCCAGUGCCGUCAUCUCCCAGUUCGGCUUUUCAUACUCCACCGCCUGUCGUUAAACCUGUUGUACGCCCUCCGCCUUUUCCUAGUCCACAACUGCCGUGUGUUCUGCCGCCACCUCCGUUAGCCUAUCUAACAGAUGUAUCUACUCCCAGCGCUUCUACUCAAUCAACCACUGUUUCGAAUGUGGACAGUGAAGCGGUUAUGUCAGGUGUUACCUCUGCUUCCAAUACGAAGGAGGUCUUUCCCUUCCAUCCUAUCCCAUCAAUUGCCCCUUCGUCGGUUGCGACUGUUUCACAGCAGCCACAACCAGGUGUGUCACCUGGAGGUAUAAGUCGGCUAAGCAGUGGAAGCGGCGGUAGUGGGAGCGUACGCGAGGCAAUUUUAUGUAAUUCCUGUGGGCAACUUCAUGACCCGCAUGCUGCCCACGUAUACGACUAUAGUGAGUCAGUAGACGCUGAUCUACUUUGUAGGAUUUGCAGACAACCUCUGGUAGACCCGCUUGAUACAAAAUGCGGCCACACCUUCUGCACGCCCUGUCUGAAGAGUCACCUCGUGGUCCAGGCCCUUUGCCCAGAGGACAAACAAAUAAUCAACUACCUUGAGUGCCAGCAAUCGUCAAACCUCGUCAAACGACUCCUGGAUAAAUUGCUCGUCAUCUGUCCUAACUCGGAGCACUGCGACGAAGUCCUUUCCCGCUGUGAUCUGGAAUCACAUCUGACCUAUUGGUGUCGCGGCACUGUAGUGCCGUGCUCAAACGCCAAAACGGGUUGCCAGUUUCGUGCUGCCCGCGUCCUUCAACCGGACCAUCGCAGAGAGUGUCGUUUUCAGCCUCGAACUCCCGGAAACGCCAGUGGUAGUCCUGUUGUUCGACCAAUCGCCACCAAAUCCGUCGUUCGUUUUGGACCCAUGCCAGUUCGUCGAGCUCCACCUGAGCAGCCGUUGAUGUCUGGAGGCGAACCCGUCUUUGAUGGUCAGCCCUCAUCGAACCCCCCCUCUGCGAUUUCAACAAAGGGGUCCACCUCAGUGACCCGAUCAGCCUCUCCUAUUCGCGACUGUGAGGUGACUACCAUCGAAUUGCCGUGGCAACCGAACGCCAGCCUCGGUAUCAGCUUUGUUGGCGGGUCAGACACGCCUUUGCUGUGUAUCGUGAUACAGGAAAUAUACCUAGAUGGAAUUGUCGCAAUGGACGGCCGUCUUCGACCCGGAGAUCAAAUUCUUGAAGCCAAUGGAAUCGACCUGACUCAGGCCACUCACCACCAAGCUCGUACAGCUCUCACGUCGAUUGGGGGAGUUGCCAAGUCGUCGUUCGAGCUGACGGUCUAUCGAGAACGCGCCGCUUCAGAUUUGGGUAGCUCUGCCAGCUCAGGCAAACGGCCAGUUGGACUAGAAAACCCGAACCUGCCUGGCGUGUACAUUUUGGGACUAGUUCCAGACAGCGAAGCUGACUUGGACGGCAGACUGUACAAAGACGAUCGCAUCCUCGAGAUCAAUGACGUCGACUUGAGAGAAGGUACUCAAGAAGAAGCGGCCAAUGUUAUCCGUACGGCUGAGGGACACGUUGCUCUAGUUGUGGCUCGGAUUGUUCGACCGCAGACCCCCGACAUUAUUCGAACAGCUAGUGGUGAGAUUUUUAUGGAUUUUGGUGGAUCCAGUCUGAGCACUCGCUCAGCCGGCACUGUGGUACCACCUCCCGUCUCUACAACCAGCAAUCUCCUGCCAAGCUCGGCUCUCUCUCACAGCCUUAAAUCGCCCUCAACACGACUUUGUCGCGAACAGGAGAUCACCGUUGAGAAGUUGCCGGGAGAAUCCUUGGGAAUGUCAGUUGCUGGAGGAGUGGCCAGCCAACGUGGAGACACCCCGGUGUACAUAACCAACCUUGUUCCCACCGGUGUAUUGGGGCGAGCUGGUCAGCUGGUCAAGGGGGAUGUGCUUCUUGCUGUGAAUGAGGUUGAGCUACUCGGAUUGUCCCACGAAAAGGCCGUUGAAGCCCUCAAAGCCACGCGAAAGUCGUGCACGAAGGCGAGUUUACUUUAUCCGACAAAUACGAAUUCAAUGAUAUGCCAAUCGUUCAUUAUGGAGGAAUUUUGUCUUUUUCUUUGUAUCAAGCUAUAUAGCAAACUUUUAAUUUGCUCAGAAGCUCCUUUUCUGCGUCUACAGGUGACCAUCCGAGUUCUUGAGGGCCCUGAGACAGGAUCAGGGCGCGAAAACUUCCUACCCAGUUGGCUCUACUGGCUUCAGCUGCCGCGGUACUGUCAGAUACCACGCACAAUUGUCCUUCCCCGCACCAAUAACGGCAGUCUUGGCUUUAGCAUUGUCGGCGGGAACAGCACUAGUGGAGAUCUCGCCUCAUCUCCCCAGGCUGCCUUCUCUCGCGUUCAACCCGGUGAUUCCGAUCCAAGGCAGCCGCCCUCCGUUGCUUCGUCCCCCCAACCGAUCGUCGUCAAGUCAAUCGUUCCUGGCACUCCCGCUCAUCGAGAUGGACGUCUAAAAUGCGGUGACCUCAUUCUAGCGGUGAACCAGUAUCCCCUCACCGACGUAUCCCAUGCGCACGCAGUGGCCCUUCUCAAGCAUUGUGUUGGUGACGUACAUAUUCGGGUUGUAUCAUGGCCUGGUACCAUCGUUUGA